GAAACAAAAGAAGAAAUCCAAGUUAGGCGGAGAUCACACUGCUACUGGAUUUGGCCGCUAAGCUGCCACUCACCUACUCUUCUCUCUCCAAUCACUCCAUUUCGCCGGAAAAUUCCUCCUUCAACCUUUCCAUCGGUGUAGAUUCUCCCCUACAAUCUCUUCUUCUUCCACCUUCCAACCAUAAUCAACCACCGAAAUGUUAUUUGCUCGGUCCUUUUUCCGGUCCCCCCUUAAACCCUCCGAUAUUUGCCGCCAUUCUCCACGUUUUUCUUCCCUCUUUUCCUCUCUUUCAGCUUCUUCCGCAGCGUCAGUUGAAGCCGAGAGGCUUCUCAGAGAUGGGCCGAGGAAUGAUUGGACUCGACAGCAGAUUCGGGACAUUUACGACUCUCCCCUUCUUGAUCUACUUUUUCAUGGCGCGCAAGUCCAUAGGCACACACACAAUUUCCGGGAGGUGCAGCAGUGUACUCUCCUUUCAAUCAAAACAGGUGGGUGUAGUGAGGAUUGUUCCUAUUGUCCUCAAUCAUCGAGAUAUGACACUGGCCUGAAAGCUCAAAAACUUAUGACCAAGGAUGUUGUCCUGGAGGCAGCCAAAAAGGCAAAAGAGGCUGGUAGCACAAGAUUUUGUAUGGGUGCUGCUUGGAGAGACACAAUAGGAAGAAAAACUAAUUUCAAUCAGAUCCUUGAUUAUGUAAAAGAAAUAAGAGAAAUGGGGAUGGAGGUCUGCUGUACCCUGGGCAUGAUAGAGAAGCAACAAGCUAUUGACCUCAAAAAGGCGGGCCUAACAGCUUAUAACCACAAUCUAGACACGUCAAGGGAAUACUACCCAAACAUUAUAACGACAAGGAGUUAUGAUGAGCGUUUGAAAACCCUAGAAUUUGUUCGUGAUGCUGGAAUUAAUGUCUGCUCUGGAGGAAUAAUUGGGCUUGGAGAGGCAGAGGAGGACCGUGUUGGUUUGCUGCAUACAUUGGCGACACUGCCUACACACCCUGAGAGUGUUCCCAUCAACGCGCUGGUUGCAGUGAAGGGAACGCCUCUUCAAGAUCAAAAACCUGUUGAAAUAUGGGAGAUGAUUCGAAUGAUCGCUACAGCACGGAUCACCAUGCCAAAAGCAAUGGUAAGGUUGUCAGCAGGUAGAGUGAAGUUCUCUGUGCCAGAGCAGGCGUUAUGCUUCCUUGCAGGAGCAAAUUCUAUCUUCACUGGGGAGAAACUGCUAACGACGCCAAAUAAUGAUUUCGAUGCUGAUCAACUCAUGUUCAAGAUGCUAGGUCUGAUUCCAAAAGCUCCCAGUUUCACUGAAGAUGCUGAGAAAGCCCCUGAAGAAGAGUCAUUACAGGAAGCUGCUUUGAGUUCAUAAGCCCACGGAUUCCACUGAAAUGAAGACCAAUCUUCUCAAUGGAUUACUUCGGAAGCUCAUGUUGUCUGUCAACUCUCUUUCAAUUUUUAUUUCGUUGUAUCUCUCUCAAUUUAUUGUAGGAAAAUUUGGUCAACCUUUGUUAAUCUAUAGAUUUGCGCAGUUAGUAUUUUAUGAGAUGUUGCCUGAUUGAACUUGCAGGAAAAUAACAGAGAGAAAUGGAGGCAAUGAGCUGUUGUCGACAUAAAGUAGUAGAAGUAGAGUAGAACUAUCAUUCUGUUGAUAAAUGUAUAUGGUAAAUCAUUAUCAUAUCCAUCAAACUUUGUGUCAA